AUGCUCGACGAAGACGCUUUGGUGUUGGUGUAUCUGAUGGUUGAUAUCAUCGACCUCAUUAGCACCUGUGUCCUCGUCUAUCUAUGGCUUCAUGAUCCCAUGCCCACCCUACCGGAAUGCCACAUGGAAUUCAGACUCAACCGUAUCAUGGAGCAUCUGGUCUUUUUAGUCUCUUUGAUGAUACCAGUUUUUUACAUUCUGGGCUACUUCUUCGACAACGAUCGGGCCCUUGAGGUAUUGUUCGGCUCAUUGUGUAUCCCAAUCUAUGUCUUUAAUCUCAUUCGAACCUGGGCCGCUGUUCGUCUUUCACGUCGAAUUGCCUGGUAUUCCAUACAUGCAAAUGUUGUCUUUUUCGCCCAGUCGAUGAUUAUACUUGCCCUAUACGCAAGACGACCCGACCCAACAGAUCCGACAAACCCAGAACCGCCACAACCACGGCCUACCGAUCCCUACACCAUUACAGAACUCCAGGCGCUCGAAGAUAUGCUCGUCCGGCUACGCAUUUACAUGGUCGAAACGCUCGAGGCGGUCGAGGCGCUCAUAGCUACGUUCAUGCAGCUCCGUAUGGUCGAGGCAGAAACCGGUGGGGACGCUGAAUAG